CGGGAGCCGGGGCUGCUCACUCAGUCGCGCGGCGGCGUGACACGAGGCGCUGCGAGGGAGCCGGCGCGAGCGGGAGCGCGAGCGGGGGGUGCCGGCGGCCGCGCCGGGCAGCAUGGAGGCGGCGGCGGAGGAGAAGGCGGGCGGCGGCCGCAACGGGCACGCUGAGGGCCCGGCGGCGGCGGCGGACCGGGGCGGCGCGGGGCGGCUGCGGGGCUGCCGGGGCUUCCUGCGGCGGAACGCGCUGGUGGUGCUCACGGUGUCGGGGGUGGUGGCCGGCGUGGCUCUGGGCGCCGCCGUGCGCGGCGCGGCGCUGAGCCCGGCGCAGGUGGCCUACCUGGCCUUCCCCGGGGAGCUGCUGCUGCGGAUGCUGCGGAUGGUGAUCCUGCCGCUGGUGGUCUGCAGCCUGGUGUCUGGAGCCGCCAGCCUGGACACCCGCUCGCUCGGCCGCCUCGGAGGCAUCGCCGUCGCCUAUUUCCUCGGCACCACGCUGCUGGCCUCCGGCCUCGCCGUGGCCCUCGGCUUCAUCGUCCGCCCCGGCGCCGGCGCCUCCGCCCUCAACGCCCCCGGGCUGGGGCUGCCGGGUGCUGUGCCCACCAGCAAGGAGACGGUGGACUCCUUCCUCGACCUCAUCAGAAACCUGUUUCCUUCAAAUCUUGUGGCUGCAGCUUUCCGAACGUAUGCAACAGAAUAUAAGGUGCUGCUCAGAAACACUACCUCUGGAAAUGUCACACAGGAAAAGAUCCCUGUUGGUACUGAAAUUGAAGGAAUGAAUAUCCUGGGACUGGUGCUGUUUGCUCUGGUUUUGGGAGUGGCACUGAAAAAGCUCGGCCAAGAAGGAGAAGAUCUGAUUCGCUUCUUUAAUUCCUUCAAUGAGGCAACUAUGGUCUUGGUUACCUGGAUUAUGUGGUAUGUACCUAUUGGUAUUAUGUUCCUUGUUGGGAGCAAGAUUGUGGAAAUGGAAGAUAUUGUGCUUCUGGUGACCAGUCUGGGAAAAUACAUCUUUGCCUCUAUUCUGGGCCACUUCAUCCACGGAGGGAUCAUUCUGCCGCUUAUUUAUUUUGCGACCACACGUCAAAAUCCGUAUCGCUUUCUCUUAGGGCUUAUCACACCAUUUGCCACAGCUUUUGCCACUUGCUCCAGCUCGGCCACCCUCCCAUCAAUGAUCAAGUGUAUUGAGGAGAACAAUGGAGUUGACAAGAGGAUCAGUAGGUUUAUCCUCCCUAUCGGAGCGACUGUCAACAUGGAUGGAGCUGCUAUUUUCCAGUGCAUGGCAGCUGUGUUUAUUGCUCAGCUGAACAAUGUUGACCUCAACGCUGGGCAAAUCUUCACUAUUCUGGUGACGGCUACUGCAUCGAGCGUGGGCGCAGCCGGGGUGCCGGCCGGAGGAGUCCUCACCAUUGCCAUCAUCCUGGAGGCCAUCGGACUGCCCACCAACGACCUCUCCUUGAUAUUAGCCGUGGACUGGAUUGUGGACAGAACCACCACAGUUGUGAAUGUGGAAGGGGAUGCCCUCGGAGCAGGCAUCCUUAACUACCUGAAUGAAAAAGAGAAGAAAAAGAGAGAGCACGAGCUAAAGGAAGUCUGCGUAGAAGCAGUUGCCAACAGCAAAUGUGAAGGGGAAACAACACCUUUGGUAACCCACAAAAACCAAGUCUCCAACACAAGCAGUACAGCAGAUCCUGAAUCCAAGGAAUCAGUAUUGUGAACUAGAGGCCCUUCAUUGACACACGUCCCAGAAGUGGACCAGGGACUUGUUAACACACCUAAACAUUUGCAGUGCUCACAAGGGCUGGAUAGCUCUUGAAAUUUUUCAGUUCCAGUCUAUUUUGAAAUACUGGAAGGGGAGGGAGGUGGAGUGGGGUGGGAUGGGAUGGGAUGGAAUGGAAUGGAAGAGAAGGGGUGUUGAGAAAAAAAAAACUGCUUUAUAAUAGUAUUUUGAUAAUUCAUACAUAUACAUGUAUAUGUGUUGUAUGAGCACACAUAUAUACAUGUAUGUGAAAAGUGUCACUGAUUUAACAAGACUUCUGUUAGUAAAGGCUCAUAUGGGUUGGAGAUGGGGAAGCAGACAAACCCCACUCAUGCUUAUUGUAGGGAAAAAAUUAGAAAGCUUAUUGUGCUGCUGUUCAAAUGGAGGUGCAGUCUAGAAACUCCAGAGUGGGUGAAAAUGUUGCUUAAAUUUAGUCUCUGGCCUGGAAACACUUACUGACCGUUACAGAUAUGAUAUAAAGCAACAUGUUUCUCCCACUGCAAUUCCUCUCCUGCUCUCCAGUCCCUUAAAAAUGUCAAAUAUAUCCUAAAACCUAGCUUUUCCUUUUUAUUUUUGUUUAUUGUUUCAUAUCUGAAUUAAUAGCUUAUAGAUGUCCAACCCACUUUCCAUUUCCCCAUUGCACUGCAGCUCAUAGCAGCUUCCCUGCCUUUUGGUGAGUAGCCCCAAACUUGGGGACCAAAAUAGGAAAUCUUCAUGCAGAUCAGGGACUGGCUUUCUCCUUUCCUCUAACCAAGCUGUUAUGAAAAAAAUCCAGAGGAAACACAAACUUUGUUAAAGUAAUCUCUCUGGGGCUGAAAAAAAUGCAGAGUCUGUUCCAGUAUAAAUAUGUCUGAAAGAGCCUUGCCUGUGACAACAGCGAGAAAUCAAGAAGUCAGUUCCCUUCAUGAGAACAUGCAUGCUCCUUUGCUGGCACGCCAUGUCCUGCUCAUGUUUGCUUAAUGGAUCAGGCCAAACAAGUGAAGUCACAGCCCUCUUCCAGUAAAAUUGACCAGGGGAGGAAAAAAUCCGAAUGUGCAUUUUGUGGGAACUGACGACAGGCAAGUCUGAGUGUUGGCUUGAAAGGAGAGAAGGUGAGUGUGUAACUCUGUGUAGUUCAGUGAUCUCUAUGUGUUGGGACAGCUGUAUACCUGUUCCUGCUAGGAGUUUGGUCCUGCUCUAAAUGUCUCGCUGGCAGCAGCUUACAUUUAGUAAUUGUGGGUGGUGCUAGGCCAGGGUAGUGCUUAGUGGCAGAUGGUAACCUUUGCUUGAGGCUGAACCAAAUGCUUCUGGAUUCCAACUCCACCUUUUUUUUCUUUUCCUUUAAAACAUUCUUCCUGGAUUUACACCCCAAACCUGAACAAAGUCUGGCAAACUUAUUGCAAACAUCCUGUUGAUUUAUCUUGGCUUUUUGGACAGCACAUAGUUACAAAAUUAUGGGUGUGCCUAUGCCAAGAGUUGCCUGGACUUAUGACGUUUUCCCUUGGCUACGUUAGCAAGAUGAUUGCAUAUGGUCAGUCUCAGCAAAUAUAUAUGUACACUUAGCUUUGAUAUUAAGUAAUGCUAAGUCUCCCUUUUUUCUUUCUCCUCUUUUGCUUCAGAGGAAGCUAUCUUGGAAAGACAAUUGCUGGUGUUUAUGUUCAUGGCACUAGGAAGAGGCAGCUCCAAUUUCAUAGCAGCAGCAGCACCCUUUAUUUGCAGAGCAUCUUUCCUCGUUAAAGGGACACAAUGAAUUUUGUUUGUGUGUGAAAAGACGCUCAGAGAUGUGAGGUGAGAUGUGGCUACUUCUAAGGGAAAACACAGUGAGUGCGUCAUUACUGGCUGUUUAAUCGUGUGCAGCAGGGCUAUGCAAACAAUCCAAGGGGGAAAGGAUUAGUCAGCCCACUGAGGAACUGCAGGUGGAGUUUCUUUUUAACCAGUUUAUUUAUAACCAGCAUCCACAAAAUGUGGUCAUUCUUUGGCUUAUCUUCAAAAUGGAAGGAGGCAAGCACAAUUCUCUAAGGACAACCUUUGCCUAGUAUUUAUUAUUUCAUUUUUAGCAGAUCAAGACCCACUGCAAUGCUGCAUUUCCUCCUAUUAGAAUCAUCCCAACUCCUUUCAACUCAGGAAACCAGAAGCGCACUUUGUAGCUGACAACACAAGUCAACAAAUAAGAGGUGUUUUGAAAGAUGUGGGAGGUUUGGGAAAGUGGUUCUCAACAAAACCUUUUUUCUUUUUAUAAACAAUUCUUAAGUAUUUAUUUGAAAAUACACGAGAUCCCCAAAGCCUUUGAUUUUAAAGCAGUGUAUGAGUGUCUCAAGGCAACUGAAAUUCAUGACUGUUCCCUGUGGGCUGGGUUCUGUAGUUGCACUUUAUCCCCCAUCAGGUAUUUAGCUCCCCUGAUGCCCUCUCUCACCACGACAGAUGCAGUUGGGAUCAGGACAUGAGAGCAGGCAGCACUCAAAUGGCAAUUCCCAUGAAACAUCACAGCAGUUGUGGACUAGAACAUUUCUCAAUUUUUAUGGUUUUUCACCCCAAAGCUAUUGCCCACAGGUAAAAGUACUCACCUGGACAAGUCCAAAGGCUAGGCUUCCUCACAGACAGCAUCUUACCAUUGUUAUGUUGAUCUUUCUUCCCCAUGGUGCUGCAGUUUAAUUGUGCCCUGUCUUUGUACCUGCAUGCCAUAGGCUGAGGGGUGUUCUUGCUGACAGUAGAACAUAGGAAGUGGUAAAUUAAAGCAAAUACCUCAAAGUCUCCUUAGUAUUUUCCAGUAGCAAUACAGAAGCUCAGUAUCUGCUGAAGAAUGCCUCUCCCAGUCCCCACAAGUGGCAAAACCAUCUGAAAAUGGUAUUGUGUGAGCAAUGGCUUUAUGUGUGAUCACAAAAUGGUUUAGGUUGGACCUUUAAGAUCAUCUGGUUCCAGCUCCCUGCCAUGGGCAGGGACAGCUUCCACCAGACCAGGUUGGUCAAAGCCCCAUCCAGCCCGGCCUUGGACACUCCACAGCCUCUCUGGGCAACCUGUGCCAGCACCUCAUCACCCUCAUGGGGAAGAAAAGGAGGUCAAACCAUUCUCAUAGCAGGAUACCUAACACUCCUUCUCCUGGAAACAGGUGCCAUAGGAUUUAUAUGAACUGUGAGCAUUCAAGUCUUAACCUACCAGAAAUCUUUAAUCUUACAGAACCCCUACUCUAGAUUUACAAAGGUGCCAAUUUUUCUGUUGUUGAUGCACAGGAAGAGGAAUCCCAGUUUUUUCCAUGGAAGCCCAAACACUGGGUAACUACUGCUUCUUAGAACAUCUUGCUCUUUUCCGUAUCAUCUGUGUCAGAAAUUACAUUUCUUGGUUUUCUGUGUUGUUCCCAUUCCUCCUGAUAGCCAUGUGGCAUCUCCCAGGGCUCUCCACCUGCCUUCAAGUCUUUUUUCUUAAAGUACAAAUGUAAAAGAUCCAAUACUACACUUUCCCAGACUGUAAAAAAGUUGGCACACUCCAACUACUACCUGUGUAACAACGUGAAUCCUGAUGGAAAGCCUGGUGAGACAGAAGGCUUGCCAUUUGCUUCAAGUGGUCAGGUUCUUCAGGUAAGGCCACUAGGAGGAAAAUGAAAAGGCUGUUGAAGGAUAUCCUUUCUAGAUACAACCUCUCUCCAGGAGGCUGUGGGCUGGGAAUGUUCUUGGCAGCAGGGCAGCUGCAACCUCCAGAACCUGCUCUGUUCUCAGCCAGGCACACCACGGAUCUGGUGCCCAUGUACUGAACUCCAGUAUCUCUUCACUGGAUGGACAAACAUUGAUGUUCUUCCCAGGGAACUGUAAACUGGAAAACUUUAGUCAGUUGCCUUUUCUUUUAAGAGGAAAUAAAUUCUAGAAAAUACUAUUAUUUUUCUUUUUGGUUUUAAUCAUUCUUUUUGGAAGGUACAAAGUCUCUCCUUAGGAAACCAGGCUGCAAACAAAUGGCUCAUGUCCCACCCUCUAGUACCACAGUUGCUUUUUGGGAGGAAGAUAUGGGAAUACAGAAGAGUUUGUAAGCCUUUGGCGUGUGCAAUCCCAGAUUGCCUCCAAUACCUUUUAUUCUUCCACUUUUCUUUUUUCAGUGAAGUUUCUUUGACUGUUUUGGACCAUGUUUUAUUUCUUCUGGCCCAGGAUUGGCUUUCCACUCCACACUUUAUCCAUCACUGCCUGAUCUCACCCCAGUUCCCAGAAUGCCUUACACUGUUUUAUAUAUGUGUGGCUCAGGUAUAAAUGGGAGAGUGCACAAAGUUUUGAGGGCUCCAGCUGGUCCUUGGGAAAGUAGUUUGCAUUCUGCCUCACUCCUGUCCUUAACUCAGAGGUUUGUGAGACAAUAGUUUAAAGAGUUGCUCUGAGAGCGCGGAGCACUAUCUGUCUCUCAUCCUGAGAAAGGUGCUUGUUCUGUGUCGUGAGAUCUGGCUGGGGGUGCCUGGAAAGCUGUAGUCAGUGAUGGAGGAGCUGUAGUCAGUGAUGGAGGAUGCCAGCACUUGGCUGCUAUUAAGAUAUUUUCAGUAAAGACCCAUUAUUCCCAGGAACUCAGCUGAGUCUCGGCUGGUAUGUUGGUAAUUGCACUACAUGAUUCAGUAAUUGCAAAGGAUUUAAAACCCUUCUGGAGAUGUAUCUUGCAAUCAGGAUGGCUUUUGUGUUGAGAACAGAUGAGGGCCAAGUCCUUGGGACAUAACAGAAAUAUGGAGACAGCCAAAGUACCAAAUCAGCUGGUGAAACAACCUCUGCUUUGUCUUUUCUGGGCAGCCCUGUUGCUGCCUGAAGAGGUGAUGCCCCGAGCCAGAGGUGGCAAAGGGUUUUAGGGACAGUUGAAGGAGCAGAAAGGCUUCACAUGUGCUUGCUCUGUUUCUGUGCUCUUCCCCGAGCAAUUGCUGUGGCCAGUACCAAAGAUGAACAUGAGCCAGUGUCACCAUUCUUCUUAGACUCAUUUUUCCAUGCUUCCUUCAUCUUGUACAACAGGAAUAAUGAAAACUGAGAUGCUUAGGUUCAAGUACAUUAACAGCAAAGAUGAACAAAGACGAACAUGAGCCAGUGUCACCAUUCUUCUUAGACUCAUUCUUCCAUGCUUCCUUCAUCUUGUACAACAGGAAUAAUGAAAACUGAGGUGUUCAGGCGGUUCCUCCUUCAGUCAAGUCAAAGGCCCAUGUAUCUGUGACUAACCACUCUGCCAUAUGUCAUAGGUCAUGUCCUUGAGAGUUUGCAAAAGGUACAACCCCCCCACCUCUUUCUGCAAAGAUUUGCAGUAUUGGCCAACAAGCCAGGCUGAAUUUGUCACUCUGGUCCUCUGCUAGCACAGCACAUUUCUGCAGCCACUGGAAAGCAUCCUCUGAUGAGAAUCAUCCUUUUUAAUCCUGACCCUCCCCCAGGCAAGGAGCAACGGGCCUCAGGUAGGAAGUCAAAGGACCAAAAGACAAACUCUCACCAAAGGAAAAAUAUCACAUCUCCAUUGAUUUUAACUGGACCAUGGCAAUUUGUAAUCACAGAGCUGGCUAUAAUGGCUAAUCCUGUGACUGAUGAUCAGCUCAGAUUAGGCAGGUCACAUAAAUCCUCUGUCAGUGAUUCCUCUUCUGUAAAGUAAGUUUACAGGUACAUGCCUGUCUCUCACAGGCAAUAGUGUGGAGGACAGUGAGUCUCAGUGUUUGGAAAGUGCUCAGGACACUGCUAAAUCUCAAAUAAUGAACUUUUCCAAAGUCAUCAAAUAAUCAAAGGAAUCAAAUAAUUCAAGUGUGCAUCACGAAGUCAGAGUUGCAUUGUGCUGGUGUAUGAAUGAUUCUGUGAUGGAAAUGAAAUCCAGUGUAUACAUUUGCUGGGCUAACUCAGGGCGAGCUGGUUUCAGUGUGAGUUGCUUUUCAGAAAGUGGCUGUGAUUUAGUCAGCGGGUCAUGGUGCCCUGUUAUAUCAGCCUCCUUCCACCUCCACCUGGCAUGCCAUGAAAGCUUAGGUUCAGGCAUAUUAACAGCAGCCCUGACUGUGAAUUCAACAUCUAAAGCAAGAGUUUUGACAGCUUAGUUUCUGUCUGGUUUCAAUGGAAGAAAGUUUUCCAACUAGAAGAAUAAGUUGUCUUGUUGGCACUGUGGGUGAACAAGGAGGAGAAAAAGAAGGAAAAGCUGGAAGGUUGCAGGGCAGCUUCAGUGAAGACAAGGUAAGCAAGUGGAUAAAGAAGCUAAGACCUGAAGGAAGCAUCUUUUCCUUCACAUUUUGAUACAGAUAGCAUCAAAAAGACUGCAGGCAUUUGUCCAGCGUGUAGCCACUGUCUGGCCAGGAUUUGCAGGGAGAGGCAGAAGCCCAGUGCUGAUGUUUCCAAAGCACAUCAUCACUGAUCAACAGCGAAGCAUGCAGCGUGCCAGCAUAGGGCUCUGAUAAGCUGCUCCUGGCUGCUAGCCAUGACCACGAAGAAAUAAUGGUACAGUUCUGGAUCAGGGACUGACCUACAUUCCUCCUUGCAAGAUCGCUAGGACAAAUGCUCCUCAGAUAAAUGCAUGGUAGCCAUUAUUCUCUGCGGACAAAGGAGACUUUGUUAUCUAUGGGAGAAUGUUGGUGAAAGCCGUGUUCACUUGUUGCUUCAGUUUUGGGGAGGAGAGAAAAGGGGAUGAAAAAUGAUCUGAAACUUCCAGGCACUGGGCAACACGUUGAGACAGUCACCACUAUUUUAAGUCCAACAAGAAGUGAUCAGGAGCCUUAUUUGACUCCUGUAACUCUCCAUCUUCACAUCAGAGCACCGGCUCUGGAAGCUAAUGCUAACACAGUAUUCAUUCUGCAUAUGGGAUAUUUACAGCCAUUGGUGACCAUCAGGCACCAUUUCACAGCUGCAGAAGUGAGUGCAUGCAGAAACAUGAAAGAACACUUUCUUGAGUCAUGCAAAGAGUUACCAGGCAGGCUGGGAGCAGAUGUUGGAUCCUGAAGCCAAGUUCAUUUUUAGCUAACAGCUACCACCUCCCUAAAAAAAAUGUAGCAUCUAGGAGUUGAAGUGUAUUUAAGUAUUGAUAUCAUAGUAGCAAUAGCAUGUUAGUACAGAAUAAUCACUUGACUUUCAGAGAGAUGGAAGGGGAGAAGUUUAGACAUAGGAGAGUUAUCUUCCCUCUAAGAUGGAUUUUUCAAUAGGAAGCAAAAUCUCAUUCAAGAGUUCACAACAUGAUUGCUUAUGAAAUUCUCAGUGUCAGCAGAUUUAUCAUCCUCAACAGUGACAAAACCUCAUUUGGGUUUAACCACUGAUCUUGGUGCUAGCAGGAAAUGAGGCCUGUGGACAUUUCAGCAGGCCAACUUGAAGUCCUGCUCCAGAAACAUUAAUACUUGUCUUUCCCAAGGCCACAGAGGCUGUUUGGAAGGCAAGCAGGCCUACCCACAGGAACCAGUGUGAGAAAAUGAAUUUUGAGCCAACCCUGUUGUAAUGCAAAGUUAACAGUGUGGUUUUUAAGCCCCAGAGACCCAAGAAAUUUACUAUUAGAUGUUCCUCAGGAUAGCUUUCUCUUGCUCCUGAUAACAACACUGAGGAAGUAAUCCCCUGCAUUUGCAAGCCUGUGUUUAGUAACUGAAGCUAAACUGCCUGUGUUCUGUUGAUGCAACUUAAUUGCAGUUAAACAUUGCAGAAGGAAAUUGCCAAGGGAAAUCUCUGAAGGAAACUGUUUACACAUCUCUGAAUCCCCCUGGAUUACAUUCCCACAGAAAGAAUUGUGCUUAACCAUAAAAAAAAAUUACUCUAAAUAUUAACUGGUUUGGAUUGGAGCUUUUUAAGAACCAGAAGGAACGUCACAAAACAGAUGGGCCAGGGCCUUUGCUGGUGUGCAUAACUGUAAUUUCCUGAGCUUUUAGUGGCCUGUGGACUUCUGAUGGAGACCAUACCUCCUUAGCAGCAUAGGAGUUUGGUCAAGUCCUUUUGAAAUGAUUACGUUCAGUAGUGCAGCAGUAACGAAGCAUGUUAAAAACUUGUUGGCUAUAACUAGAGGCGUUUUACAUGCUCACAGUGGUGUUGUGCCACGGUGCCUCCCACAAGGAAAAUGUGGAUUCUAGAUGGUCAGUGUUGAUGCUGAAACUUCCUGAUUUCUUGGUUGUUUUUCCUUCUUUGUAUCCCUCUUGUAGAGUCUGCUGUGGCCCUUGGAGUCUGCCCAGACCCCAGCAGGACCAGGUUCCUAGAGUAGGUAGAUUAAACUUAAAGAUAGUCUAGUCCCAUGUGAGGACAUAGACUGUCUCACAUCCUAUUAUUGAGGGGACAAAGAUGUAUCUUCAGCUUUGGAAGAAGAGCUGAGCUGAAGAAAACUCUACUUCAUUAAGUCAAUUAAUUAAUGACAUUUUACACUUAAUAGGACAAUAAUUGCAGCCAAGCAAGCCCAGCCCUGACUGCCUCCCUGCACUGACACAAAAGAGAUGCUCUGUCGACAUUACUUCCCUAAAAACCAGUGUGGAGGUAAUGUGCUCACCAUCCCUAAAUAUUCCACUUCUUUAAGAACAGAGCCUUAUUUAGACUUUCUCUGUUACUAUCCUGGCUACAUUUCUGUAAGGUUCUCCAUGAAGCACAUGCUGUACAGGAUGGUGACCACGCAUUGCACUACCAACAGCUGAGUGUAGCUCUGCUGAUGGGAGAUGAGCCUCUUCUCAACUGCUUCUUGGUUAUAGCAAACUCAGACUGAUUUACUCAUGCCUUGUGAGGGUGAAGGUUUUGAUGAGAUUUUGAAGAAUCCCUCUAGAUUCAGGGACAGCAAGGCCACCCCCUAAGACACGAGGAGUCUCCUGCAGCAGAGGUAUCCAAUCUGCCUUACUAUCCUUAAAGGUGCCUUGUCCUGGUUUGCUUCAGGAUAAAUUCCAAGUCGCUGUUUGGCUUUUGAAUAUAACUAUGCACCAAAGGUGAGAGACUCCAUUAUCUCCCCCUGAAGACAGGAGGGAGAAGGUGUGGGACAGGGAAAAUGAGUUUCUUUUCUUUAUCUUCUAAGCUGUCUGUCAGCAAUCCUGCCUCUGAUGUGUGUACACGUGUGUGUGCUUUUAUUUCUACAGGAACAUAAAUUGCUGUAAUUAGGAUGGAGGAUUUCUUGAUUUUUAUAUGCUAAACCAUUUGCUUAAUUUAAUAAAGUGACAGAUGAACUCUGAAAUUCACUGCUAUCUGCUCCAGUACAAUCCAGUAUCGCUGGUACAAAGGUAUCUGCCUUCACAUUAAACGUAAUGCUUAAGAGUAACCACUCCAUUGAGUAAGUACUUGUGCCAUGUGGGUGUGCUGAUCCUCCUGGACAUCUGUAACUGUUCCUCUUUUAAAGCUAUGGCUUUGAUCCAUGUGGCUCUAUCAGCCUUUUUAUUAUCUACCAAGAACAAAUCUAUGUGCACAUAUGCAAAAACCCAGACCAUGUUGCUGUGUCUGAAAGUGUGUGACUCUGGAGUAGGUAUUAGAGAUGUUUAUGGCAUAGUGUACCCUUCAGUGUAAGAACUCUCCAUGCCUGCCCACGAUGAAAACACAUCUGUGGCUCAGGUUGAGACGGUUUGUUGUAUUAGGAGGGGGACACAAUAGGAUGCUCUCUCUCUUUUUCCCUUCUCUUAUGGAAAUGUAUAUUUGUUCUCUUUGUGUGUAGCUUCUCAAUCUGAAAUAAAAAUCACCCCCAAGUAGAA